GUUCCAGUCGAUCUGAGAGAACUAAAACAUUCUUCCAGCAUUUCGAUUUCAUUUUUGCUCCUCUCAUCAAUCUUGUUAUGAGUUUUAGAAGCCAAUGAACCAUUCAAAGAAACACCACGAUCCUUCUUCAAGAUACUCGAUGAUAUUCCUUUCAUCUUCACUGGUACAUUGUCAUAUUGGCUAGUAUCGGAAUAUCUUUUGAAAUAUAUAAAAAAAAAACAAAUUUAUUAAAUUAUAAUAUUUAUUUAAAUUAUAUUUCGUCUAGAGCGUCAGAAUUUCUACUAAAUAAUUUCAUGAUAAAUAUUGAUCAUUUGAUGAGAUUAAACAAUCGUAAAAAAGCGAUUAUUUUAAUUCUCGUAUUUCUAUGUGAUCAAAGAAAAUAUAUAAAGUUUUAAUGGAAAUAAUAUCAUUAUAUGUAAAAUAUAAAAAUUAAAUAGUUACCUGUAAGAAUCAAGAGGUUCAUUUACAUCAUGUUGGAUUUUCAUUAUCUUCACACUAGGAUUUAUGAUCUUGCCGAAGAUGGGCUCAUUCCCUCGGCCAAAAUUAGUUGGAAACGGUGGUGUAUCUACCUCGUCGAUGGGUCGUUGAUAAAUAUCCCGAGUCUUAUAAAUGAUCCUCAAAUCUUCCGAUCUACGAUCAUCGUCAAAUGAUCUGUUUGCAGCACUGUUUCCUUGAAGAGUUUCCGCUUCCCUGUAUCGUUGAGAGUUUCUCAAAACCCGUCCAUUUUCAAAGUUCUGCGUGUGUUCUCGUAAUUCUCUUUCAACGUUAUUGAAAUUACGAUUUCUUUCCAAUCGAUAAUUGUCGUAUGCAAGUUGUUCGAGUCGUUGAGGUUUAUCGGAAUCUUCUUCAUCGAUCUCCUUUCUUCUUCGAUCGUCUAUCUUCUCGAAUCCUUCAUUUAUCUUACCGUUGAUUUCCUUCGAUUCUUCCUUCGAUUUCGUACUUUCCUUUUCUUUCGACGGCUUCAUCUCCUUUUCCGUCGUCAUCAUGGUGGGUUGUUUAACUGUGGCAUUUUGCAAAAGGUUCAUUGAAAGGGAUCGACGGACAGGAGAGGAACAAGAAAAUGUUUAAUAAAAUUAUAAAAAAGAAUGUCGAAGUUCAAUGAAUUAAAUAGAAAAAUAAAAUCUCAAAUAAUAUUUGAUAUCGAGAUCGUAUUAUAUUUUCAUUAUACGUUUGACAUAUUCCUCUAAAACAUAAGAGAUUAAUAUAAAGAAAUUUUAGAAAAACAUAUUCGUGUGUGUGUGUGUGUGAGUGUGUGUAUAUGUGAAAAAUGCAAGAAACGAUUUUGGAUCAAAGUGAUCCAAAAUAAUCCAACGUGAUGCAGAAGAAGAUGUAAUUUAACACCGUUAUUUAAAUUUAAACAGACGAGGAGAGACCUUUUCCUGUUUGCAACUUGCCUGAGUCCGUCUUAUCACUGUCCAUUCGCACUUCCUGCUUAUCCUUUUUACGAGGAGGAGAUAUCAGCAGGUCUGCUAUGAAUAUAAGAGCGGUGAUUAGAGUGAGUGCACCGAGAACUGCAGCAUUGUCGAUCAAAUCCUCUGGAAUACUUUCGAUUGAUGCUAAAGCAAGAGCACCGACGAUUCCAAAAAGGAUCACACCGAGACCAAGGAAGAAGAUCUCCUUUGGAUCAUAAAAAUAAAAUGAAAUAAAAUAAAAAAUGAAAAACACAUAAAAAAAAAAGAAAAAGAACGACAUCAGUAUAAUAUCGUUUUUUAAUAAUAGUUACAUUUUUCAAUAAAAAUUAACUCUCAUAUUACAAAAUAGAAUAGAAUUGAUUCGCUUAAUCAUCAUCAGAACAAAUACUUUUGUAUGAGAGCAGUUUGAGAUCUGGCCUAGCCCUAUUUAUGAGUCAUAAAAUAAGUUAGAAUAGCAUGCAUGCUGAACGAUUUAAUGAUCGUACAUAUAUCAAGGAUAGUGUUACGCGCUCAAGAUUCUACACCAAUUGCAUUUAAGAACACUGCCAGCCUUGGCCACCAAUGACAAACUUCAUGAAUGCGUUCAGUUAUGUUGCUGAUAUUCUCACGCUGUCGAUUAGAUUCCCAGUAUUUUCAUACGUAUUAACCGCACCUGAUCGAAUCGACUUCGCUCUGAAUAAAUUAAAAAGAGAAAUCCUGAGAAAGAUCUCGUACGGUAAGUUGUUUUUUAAUGAUUACGCAUAAUCUUCUUAUUCUUGUUUCCCGUAAUUAGUAAAAACUUAAAAAAAAAAAAAAUUACACUCCUCAUUUAUAUACUUUAAAUGUGUGAAUGUUAAUAUUAUAAAUGAUCGAUUAAUUAUAUUUUAACUUUAUUUUAUGACAAACAUUUAUACUCAUCAAAUCAGUCACAUUAAAUUAAAUGCAUUACGAGUUUACCAAGAACCUUUGAAGCAAUCUGUUAUUGUUGAGUAAUAACAAUUUACCGUGCAUAACUAUAACAUCAUAAUAACGACCCGACGAUUUGACAACAAACAGAUAUUUGUUACGUCUAGAAACGUAAAACGGAAAUGUAUUCGACUAGUUUGGUAUUAUGCUGAAAGAAUUUUCGAAGAGCAUUAACAACGAGAGAUAGUUUCUAUCGUUAAAAUAUGACAAUGCUUGGUAUUGCAAGAGAAAGAUACGGCUUUGGGAACAUAAGAACAAUGAGAUAAUUAUGACACGUCAAACGUCGAAUCACGUAUCACUACUUUUUUUUAUUAAUUUAAAAAAAAAAAAAAGAAGAAUGUCAAGAAGAAAAGAAUAUAUGUUAAUGAUCCUGUUUUAUUCAUUUUGGCUUUUGUUCGAAAUAGGUAUAGAAAUGUUUCUAUAAUGCAAAUAUAUAUAUAUAUAUAUAUAUAUAUAUAUAUAUAUGUAUAGGACACAUACAUAUAUACAUAUUCUAUCUCACUUACGUCACUUAUGAAGAAAUAUUAAUUACCGUUUUUCGGCCCGUAAGUUCAUUAGUUGCCGCGGCAAUAAGAAGACCGGCAGUUAUGAUGACGUAGCCACCGCAAGUCGCUGUUGCAAGAGCGGCACCUAAAUCGUUGAUGGAUCAUUGUAGUCUCGACAAAAUUUCAGAUAUAUACUUCUCGGACCAGGUAUCGAAUAUCUUCGAGAAUAGAGAUCUUGCAAAUGGAAUAUGAGAAAUGAAUGUUCUCAUUUGUUUUUCUUUUAUUUGUUAUUGUCGUUAUUUUACCUAUGGUGCCCCAUGUGACAUUAUUUAAAAGCGACCACUCUCUGCUGCGAUUCCUCAAAUAAUGAAAUACUCUUCUGCUUUCGUCAUCCGUCACUCUGAGCGCAACCACGCAUGCGAUGCAAAGCAGCUGGAAAUUUUAUUUAACCCGUUAAGAUUUCGAGAAGACAAAUUUAUUUAUUAAGAAAAAAAAAAAAAGAAAAACACAGAAAAAAAAGAAGAAAAAAGACGAUAAAAAGAAAAACGAUUUAUCGAACAUAUGUAAUUAAUCAAUUUUCAAAUUAAGAUCAAUCUUGUUAAAAGACACUAUUCUUUUCUUUCCAUUAUUCGAAUGCUUUCGUUUAAUUAUCUGAGAGAAGUCACACGUUGCUAAUAGAGAUGGCAGAGAAAAAAAGAGCUAUUAUUUAAUUAGAAUGAGAAUUGUCGAGAGAAGGUGUAAGUUUUACGUACCACUUCGAUUAUUCUGACGAAAACCUUACGAUUCCACAUUUUUUUGAACGGAGAAUUACGUACGAAAAUUAAAAGCGAUAAAAAAAAUUAUAAAGAAAUGUAUAAUGAUUUAUGUAACAACUAAUAUUCGAUUUUCUUAGGAUCCUCGUACGAUAUCUUUAAUUAAAAUGGUCAAAUUCUUUUAAAAAAACAAAUAUAUCAACGAACUUUCUUCUGAGAUAAAUCAACUUAUUUCUUUUUUCAUUUAUUUCAAUACCAAAUAAUUAUUCCUUUCACGUUAAUAAUAAAAGAGAAAAAAAAGGAUACGAACAGAACGAGGUGUCUCACUAAAGAAGUUUUUCGUGUACAACAAGGAAGAUUCACGCUUGACCGAUUUUCUGAGUACUCUCUUCUUCAAGUAAUCGAGCGAACUCUUAAAUCUUGCACUGAUCCUCGACAUCGAUCAAAGAAAUCUUUUUGAUUUUAUUCAUUUACAUCUUUUUUUUUUUAAAUUGUAAAGUGCGUAAAAAAAAUUAAAAUAAAUUAAAAAAAGAAAAGAAAAAAAUGCAAAAAAAUGGCGUCAUUCAAAAGUCACGUUAUUCUUUGGAUAAAUUUUACAAUGUUUUUUAUAUUAUUUGUAAUUUUUUUGAAAAUCAAAGUCGUUCGAUCAAUCUACGUCGAGUCAAGUAAGAAAGCAAAUGAAGUUUGAUUCGCGGCACGCUCGAACGACAACUGAAGAGAUAGUGAGCCCGACACCACGAUUUCCAUUUACAGCCAGUGCACGGUCUUACAGUCUUACAACCUUACAGCAGCGCGUCUUGUAAUAAGGUCUCGGCAUGGCGGCGAACAAGAAUACUAUUAUCGCACAGUGAGUGCAUUGGCGCAGAAUGUCGAGAAGCAAUAUUUUUUAAAGAAAAGAUAAACCUUCCGAUUGUCAAUUCGUUUCUAAAGAAGAAACAAAAAGUCGAUGUGUCCUGCGGUAAUAAAAAAAAAAAAAAAUCAGAAAAAAGAGAAAAGAAAAGGAAAAGAAAAAUGAGAAACGAAGUUGUGAGAAUAAAAGAGAGUUUGACCAAUGAGCGGCUCGAAAUUAGCGCCAUCUAACCCUACGUAUCUGGCCCUUAAAAUCAAGUUCUAGACUAGCUAGUUAAACAAAAAUCAUUCAUCAGUACGCGAGAAACUCUAGUCGAUUUCAUCAUAAUCGAUCGAUCUCGAUACCAUGAACUUUGCCGAUUUCUUCCUUCCUUCUGUUGAAGUUUCUCAAAAUAGGAUGGACAAAAAAUAUAAAGAGGACGAUCAAAAACAAUAUUGUGAAAAAAACUCUAACGGUGGCGAUAGAUCGAGAUCUUUCAUCGAUCAAAAUAUUCCAGGGAUCUUCACGAUGGGUAUAUCUAAGAGGAUAUGUCGCGAUGGUAACAGCAAAUGGAGUAACACACGUCCUCGAACGUAUCGACCCAUAUUAGGUGAUAAAAUUCCUGACGUAGUGGAACAGAUGGAAGCCAGUAAAAAGAUUUUACAAUUGGUCACGGAUUUCAACUAUUCUUUGACGCAAAUCAAUGGACAGAGAAAAUUUGGACCACCAUUGAAUUGGACCGGUCCAGCGCCUGGUCCUGGAUGCGAGAUCUUUGUAGGAAAAAUUCCAAGAACACUUUACGAACACGAUAUCUAUCCGAUAUUCAGUUCGGUCGGAAGUAUCUAUGAAAUUCGUUUAAUGAUGGAUUUCUCAGGAAGGAAUCGAGGUUAUUGUUUCAUAAUGUAUACAAAGCCGGAAGAUGCAUCUCGUGCAGUUAAAGAGCUCGAUCGUUACGAAAUUUGUCGUGGCCAUAGAAUCGGCGUCGUCACUAGUAUUAAUCAUUGUCGGUUACAUAUCAAACAAUUGCCAUUGGAUAUCGAAGCCGAGACGGUCGUCAAGCGAAUUUACGAGAUCACCGACGACAUUAACGAAGUAGCAGUUUAUCGUAACACUAAUGGAUCCGAAUGUUAUGCAUUAAUAUGUUACAAAACUCAUAGAGGAGCCGCAAUGGGUAGAAGACGAUUGGUACCCGAAGCAGGAACUCUUUUUCCUGGUGGUAAAAUUAUCAUCGAUUGGGCACAUCCUAAUCUCUAUCCGUCGGAUGUAUUGGAGGAGUGUGGUACUUGCGAUCAGGAUGGCAACGUCACGCUGAAGAAAACCUUCAUUCGUUCCACAGAGAUGAAACUAACGUCGGCUUUAAAAUCAUUAAAAAUAGAUGGACUAACUCGUGACAUAAUCGAGAACAAUGAAAAUAAUUCGGAAAAAUUUCAUAAAUCCUUGCCAUCGAUUUCAUCGGCUACACAACUUACUCAAUCGAGAAGUUUACCUUCGAAUUUUGAUCAAUCCAUGGUCUUACCUAUUUCUUCGACGUUCGAGCAAUCCAGCGUGCAAGAUUAUCAAAGAAUGAAAAAGUUCAACGAACUGAAUUAUUGCAAUUGGAAUGCGUCAAGAACAACUCACCAGGACAAAGCUGCUGAGGGACUCAAUUAUACAAAAAAUGCCAAUAAUAUUAUACCCAGAUUGUAUGAUUUUACGAAGUUUAAAAGUAAUAGAAAAUCAGAUCUUUUGACAAAGCACAUCGAAAAGUCUAGAGAAACGAGUUUUCAAACAGGAGGAAAAAUCGUACCUAAUCCUUAUAAGCGACAUAUAUUCAUCGAAGGUAAUUUUGAUUUAGGAGUACACGAUCAUACAUCUUCGAAUCUAUAUAUCCCAGGAAAAAUGAAUUUAUCAAAAACAAAAUUUUCGAAAGAUACUAUAUCUUCGAAUUUCAAUUCUCUCGCUUUGCCAUUUUUACAACAGAAUAGUCGAGUUUGCAAUAAUAAUAUUUCAAACUAUUGUAAGAUCGAAGAAUCAUCUUCUAGUAAAAAUUCAAUGUUUAACGAUCCAACCAACUUCAAUGAUCCUAAUGAGAGGGAUGUUACUCUAAAAUUGAAGGAGAGAGAAAAAACCAUGUUUCAACAACAGGAAGGACUGUGGCAAAAUGGAUUUGUUCAAUCCAAUCCGUUUUACCAAGUGAAUGACAUAUUACAAUCUUAUUCCAAUAUGACUAAUAAUUUUUAUGAAAACGAUUCAACAACGACUUUCAAUCGUCCGGAACAAAAUAAUCCCUUUUUUUUUUCCAUGUAUGUACCAAAAGUACCAACUUGUAUCUGUCCGGAACAACAAAUGUCUCAAGGUUUCAAUAUAAAUAAUUUUGAAGAUUUGAAUCAAAAUCGAUUGUUAGGUGACAAUUGUUCACAGAAUAUCAUUUACAAAAAUGUUAUACCUGCCAAUAUAACGAAAACCAAUGCAUGUUAUUCUCUUUGGCCGAUCAAUCGAAUCGAUCAAAAAAUCAACAACUGUACAAAUCUUGUUAAUAAUCUUUUGUUAUCGUCGACUACAUCACCGAAUUGUCAGCCGGAAAAUCGAUUGUCUUCGGAUUAUCAUUUGAGGGACAACAUUUUUGAAUUUAAAUAUUCUCAGGGCAGACCAAUUCUCAACAGAGAAUUUGUAAAUGGUGAUUAUUAAUAUUAAUAGCAUCGUUUAUUUUUUCUUUCCUACUCUCUUCCUAAUUAGUUUAGUCGUUGUUAGCAUAUAAUUUAUAAUGCUACUGAUAGAUUUAUUAAACUCUUGAAGUGUCAACUUUAAUAAGGUUUCCUUAAUGGUAUCAAGUAAAAAAUUAUAACUGGAUAACAAAAAUGAAUACGAUUCAACAAUAUUGCUUUUAUAAAUCACGUUUUCUAUUUAAAUGUUAUAAUCUAUAACUUGGAUAUCGAUAAAUACAUCCAAUUUAUUAAUUUUUCUAAUGUUUUUCGUCGUUAAUAUUUUAUCACGUUUAUAAAGAACACGAAUAAGAUGUAUAUAGCUUAAUAUUUUUACAAUCAGUAUCGUAUCGCACUAUUACUUUUUUCUUUUUCUUUAAUAAUAUCAUUAACAUCAAUUUUACAUGAGUUUAAAAUGUAUUCAAUAAUAAUUUGCAUGAGAUGUAAGAGAAAAAAAGAAAAAUUAAAACAAAAAAGAUUUAAUUUCGUACUGUUUUUAUCUCAACAAAAGUAUGUUUGUCCAGAAAACUUUUUUUUAUGUUACAUUGUUACGUUCAAAUAAAUAUUUCUAUCAAUGUACUAUUAUGUAUAUUGUAAUAUUUACAUGUACUACGAUUAUUGACUAUAGUUAAGCUACUCCACUAAAGUAGAUUAUAAAUGUCGUUUUGUUAACUUCAAUCGAUAACAUCUCAACGUCGUAAUAAUAAUAAUCGUUUUACGAAAGAAUCUAGAAAAUAUUUGAAUCAAAUAAAUACGAAGUUUCAAUUAUAACACGAAUCAGUAAAUUACUUACGUUUCAAUUCAUGAAAAAUUACAGACGUUGCAACUAUUUAAGAUUGUAAUUGGGCACAUUUCGUACAGUAAGUAAGUUUUUUAUCAUAUUUCUGCAAACAAAAUUAAUUUAUAUCUACGAAUGAUUUCAUCAAUAUUUUACAAUUAAGGAAACACUUUGGAAACUUGCAGAAACGAUUCCUCUACUUAUACAUGGAAAAUUUCCAGAGUUAAAACUCUCUUGUGGAAUAUCUUCAUUUCGAUUCGUAAUAAUCGAUACCUAAAUGAAAUGAUUUAUCAAAGCCAUAAAAAAGUUAAAUUUUUAUCAUUAUAUAUAUAUAUGUGUGUGAGUGUGAGCGCGCGCGCGCGCGCGUGUGUGUGUGUGUACAUAUACUUUAUUUGAACAUGGAGAAAUACAUAAAUUGCAGUAAACUCUUCUUUCAUUAUCUUUGUAUAUAUUAUAAUACUGAAAGAUAUUAGCUUAUGGAAACAGGGAAUAAAAAAAGAGAGAAAAAUGAGAAAACGAUAACCAAUAAUAAUAAUAAAAAAAAAAGAGAUUACAAUCUUUGUGAAAGAAAUAAGAAUUCCUAUUUACCUUCUCCUUUUUACAUGUCGUGCAUACAUCUGUAUUUGUCGUAGCUGCAAUCGGGAGGAUAGUAGACGGCUCCUUUAAGAGACAGAAUUAAAAUAUUAUAAUUGAUGUUUAUUAUUUAGAUAAUUUUUUUAAACAAUUGAAAAUUUACGAACAGUUGGAGUAUCAACUUCACCUUGAAUAUAUGGAUUCUCCGUUUGAGCGAUAUAAGUUUCGCAUUCUCUGAAGAUAAUGUAAAAAAUAUCAAAUUAUAAUAAUAUAUAAAUAUACAAAAAUAUACAAAUAUUAAAGUGCUCACGGCAUGUAUGCUGGAUCAAUUCUAUUGUUUCGUUGAAAAACCGAUGACAUGAUAGUUCUGCCACAAUGUGGAUGUUCAACGACUUCGUGACUAAUUUAUAAAAAAUAUUGAUUAUAAAUUAUUUAGAGAUUUGUAUAUUUUAAUUUUUUUAUAAAUAAUUAAAAUGAUUUACGGGAUUAUAGGCAUGCAAAUAGUCUGCAUGUAAUCCUGUUCGUUACAUCUUACAUCCUUCAAAUCUCUAGUCUUUAUAUCUUCCAAUGGUAAAAAUCUCGAAUAUGUACGAGCAUUAUCUUUUUUAUCCUUCUGCAAUGUUACACAUCUUGUUCUCUUAAUCCUUUUAUUUUGUUUCGCAGAAUUAUUUUGUUCUCUGCUUUUUCGACCUUUAUUCGUUAAAUUAUUAUCAUUUGUAUCUGACCUAUGUAUUCUCGGAUGUGAAACUUGAUUUGAUCGUAAUUCUUUAACAUCAUUUUUU